ACUUCUGUCACAUUAACGCUUGUUGGUGCUUUAAGAUAAACAAGUGAAGAAAGAAACAUCAGACCGAUUAUGACGUCAUAGGAGAAACAUCGGGAACAACCUGUAAGCAGGAAGAAGGUGCAUCUCAGCAUACAGAGGAUACAGAUCAAAGAGAGAUAGAUGUGAGGAAGAGGAGGACAAAAUAGAGCAUACAAGAAUACAAAAAUGAGGGAGGAGAAUAAAAGGAGGAAAGAGAACACGAGAAUAAGAGAAUAAAAGGAGCAGAAGAAAUGGAUGUGUGGGGAGUAUAAAGAGGGGGUCUCAAAGGGAGGAAGGCAGGCGGGGUGGGGGCAGACGGUCUGAGAAGGAGGAGGAGGAACAGGAAGAAGAAGAAGAGGAGGAGGAGGAGGAGGAAGGAGCAUCAGCAGCAGGACAAACAGACACACAAACGGACCAUCGGCGGAUCACGGAGCCUCCGCCCGCCCGCCUCUGAGCCGCCACAAGAACCCGGAGCGAUGGCCGCCGAAGACAGCCGAUCCACGGCCUGCACCGGCUCCAGCCUGCUGCAGCCCGUCAGCGAGAUCACCAACCUGCCGCUGGACCAGGUCAACUUUGUGGUGUGUCAGCUCUGCGCCCUGCUGUCGGCCUUCUCCUUUCGUCUCUUCCUCCAUCCCAGUAGAACCAGUCCCGUCAUCAGACACCUGGUGGCCACCUUACUGGGACUCUACUUCGCUCUCUUCUGCUUCGGCUGGUACGCUCUUCAUUUCCUGCUUCAAAGUGGACUCACCUACGGCAUCAUGAUCAUCACUGGAGUGGAGCACAUGCACAAGUACUGCCUCCUGGUGGCCCUAAGCUACCUGAGUCUGUGUCAGAUCACUAGGGUCUACGUCUUCGACUACGGCAUGUACUCUGCCGACUUCACCGGCCCCAUGAUGGUAAUCACGCAGAAGAUAACCAGUCUGGCCUUCGAGAUCCAUGACGGGAUGGCACGCAAAGAGGAAAGCCUGACUCCAGGGCAGAAGAUGUUGGCGAUACGGAGGAUGCCCAGUCUGCUGGAGUAUUUUAGCUACAACUGCAACUUCAUGGGGAUCCUUGCGGGACCUACCAGCUCCUACAACGACUACAUCGCCUUUAUCGAAGGGGACCCCCGUCGCCAUAGAGACCAGGGGGGCGAUAGGAAGUCCAGCGGCAGGCUGAGGAGGAAUGAACCCUCCCCAAACACGGAGGUGGUGCGUAAGGUGGCCUCCUCCUUUUUCUGCCUGCUCGUCUUCCUGUCGGUAUGUAAAGUUUUCCCGGUGGAGCGGAACAUUGACGACGACUUCAUCGCCAACACGCCGUUCUACGCUCAGGUGGUGUACCUGUACCUGUCCAUGCUGACGACCAGGCCCAAGUACUACUUUGUGUGGACGCUGGCUGACGCCAUCAACAACGCUGCCGGCUUCGGCUUCAACGGCUACGACAGCGACGGCUCUCCUCGCUGGGACCUCAUCUCCAACCUGAGGAUCCUCAACAUCGAGUUUGCCACUAGCUUCAAAGUGUUCCUGGACAACUGGAACAUCCAGACAGCUCACUGGCUCAAAAGGGUGUGUUACGAGCGAUGUCCCUACCACCCUACGGCGGCCACCUUCAUCCUGUCAGCCAUGUGGCACGGAGCUUAUCCGGGCUACUACCUCACCUUCCUCACCGGCAUCGUCAUCACGCUGGCUGCUCGAGCGGUCCGACACAACGUUCGACCACACUUCCUGAAGUCGCCCACUCACAAACGGGUCUAUGAUGUCAUCACGUGGGCAGCCACUCAGAUCGCCAUCUGCUACACAGUGGUGCCUUUUGUCCUUCUGUCCGUGGGCCCGUCCAUCAAGUUCUACAGGUCCUGGUAUUUUGGCCUCCACAUUGGUUGCGUACUGCUAGCUUUAGCGCUGCCGGUCAAACCGAGACAUCUCCGCCUCGAAGAGCAGCAGAAAAUCCUUCUACAGGAGCGGGUCCAGCAGCACCAGGAGGCUUUAGACAGCAACUGCAGCCAGAAAGAAAAAGACACAUGAGACGGUGGAACCAUCACGUACAACAUUUUAUUUCCAUAAACUUGUAUAGAGAGAAGAGAAGGUGAACCACAUUAAACAAACCUUCCUCCUGUCCAGGUUCUGAAACAUCAAGGUCACGACCGCAAGUUUAAAAUACCGUAUCAUUUGGAUUCACAGGACGACGCCAAACAAAGUGGGGCCUGGAAAUACGAAGGCGUGGGUUGUGGGAGGCUUGUCGUGGUAUGCAAGGACUCAAAACAGAAGAGUAUAUUUUGGGGGCCAAGGAGCAGGUUCAGGUUGAUGUGCCAUGAUGGAAGAUACGGUGUGUACAUGUGUAUAUUAUAUGUAUCUAUGUACUAGAACUUCCCAGAGGGCAGCUCUCUUGCGGUGACACGGCCCCGAUGCGUUGAGCCGACUCAGCGUUCUCUCUGCUCACAAAGCUGCAGAUGGAUGGAUGAAAGGAUGAUUUAAUGAGCACAUGAAUGAGAAAAGCACGAGCAGCGAGUUGGUGCAUUAAAGAAGUAAACCAAGAAGCUCCACCACAUUCCUUCCAGACCAUCUGACUCAUCGUGCUGUAAUCUAUUGAACCCAACAUCACAGUAUUCAUUGAGUUAUAGUUUGGAGAAAGUGCCAAUGAUUAUUACACUCAGUCGCCUUAGUUGUUUGGUCUUUUACAAGAAAAAGUGCUUCUUAGCCGGAUAAGUGUUAACUUUUUGUUGGCGUGUGAAUGAUGAGGAGGACGUUGUGUUUACAUUUGUAGAUGUCAUGUUUUAUGUCCAGUUGCUAUUUAUGUCAUUUAGAGACGUGUUGUGAUGUAAGAUGUGACAAAGCUUGAAGAAGUAAAGGUCUUACUAAAGUUAGGAAAGGAGCUUGAGCCCACAAACUAAAGCUCUGUCAUGUAAAGUUCAAAUACAGGGUAACAAGUUCAAACAGUUGGGGUGAGCUCCUGGUUCUGACGGUUCUGUUAGCUAAUGGUUUGGUAGCUAAUGGACCCGCUACAAGGCUUAAGGCUAAACUCGACUGAUGUAUCUGGUCCCAAAGAUGGCGCCUGUUCCGUCAGCUGAGGCACAGGGGGUUUAGGCUUCUGGUAUGUAGGCCCCUUAACGUGUGCAGUUGUGUUUCUCUCGUUGCUCAUUGACUUAACAGCAUUAUAACCUUGCAGAUUGUUUUAAUCGCUUGUCUCUGCUUCAAGAAAGUUUUACAAAAUAUCCUAUAAAACCUCCAUGGAUCAAACAUUUAUAAUACAACAGUCAUUAUUGCCUGGUCUGAGGCUUUUACAGACGUCGUGUUAUAAUUGUGUUUUGAGGACACGCUUUGGGCUGCAGGGGAAUAAGGCUUCGGAUUCGUCUCUGAUUAAACACCAAUGGAGUCAACAGCUUGGUUCAGUUGAGCAGCUUCGUGAAAACAACAGUUAGUUUGGCUUAACGGCACUUUAACCAUUUUAUUUAGCUAAAGAAACUGGUUCAUCUGAUCAAGUUGAACGGUUUGCCUCAGGUUAUGAUUUAAUUGGGCUGAAAAACAUGUAACUGUAGAAGAUGAACCGUUCAGCGGAGCUAGGAACCGUUACUCCAUGACUGUUGAUCAAAGAGAAGCAUCCGCCAUGUUGCCAUGGUUCUGAAGACCCAGCUCCUCCAUGUUGUGGUUUUAAUCAGUGUCAGUGGACGAGAGAACUAAAGGCUUUUUGGAUCCACUAUAUUUUUCCCCACCAACUUGUUCAUUGUCAUGUCCCUUUUGCAGAUUUCUUAACGUUCCUGUGAUGUUUAUUUCCCUCAUUUUAAAACCAACGAUGACGACGUUCACAAAGACAAAUGUUCUCACGGCCACGUAUCCGUAUAUGGAAAACUGUCUGUUUGUUUUUUGUAAAUCAUGUGAUUAAACCUUGGAUUUUUUUGACAUCUAACAUUAAGUGUGUGAGGUUUGUGGUGGGAGAUAAGGGCCUACCUGUGAAAGGUAGAUAAGAACCAUCCUACUCUGUGCCCUUUAAACCCUGAUAAGACACUCUAAUAAUCCCUCACAUGAAGAAUGUAAAAGACCAGGCUUCAGGUACCACACAGACGCAUUAAUACAUUUAAUACAUGAUGCCAUCACUCUAAAGAGAGGAAUUGAUCAGAAGAAAACAACUUGUUUUUGUUAAACAAAACUAUACUAAUUUCUCAGAUGAAUGUAAAAGUUUAAAAUCUCUCUUUCUCUUACUCAAUAAUUAACUGAAAAGGAAAGUGUGGUGGGAUGUUUGUCAGUAGAUAAUCUGAUACAUUUCAAGAUACAAUAAAAAACAGACCUCAAUUUCGACACUU